AUGGCACACGUGGUGCCGUCAAAGCAUGCGACAUACGUUCCCCACACCACCGGUAGGUACUCGGUGAAGCGUUUCAGGAAAGAACAGUGCCCGAUCGUUGAGAGGCUCACUAACUUCCUCAUGAUGCAUGGAAAAAACAACGGUAAGAAGCUUAUGGCUGUUAGGAUCAUCAAACACACCAUGGAAAUCAUUCACUUGCUUACUGACCAGAAUCCUAUCCAAGUCAUCGUUGAUGCCGUUAUCAACAGCGGCGUCAUUGAGCUUUUAGCGGCGUAUGCUCCAGGAGGGCGGGACGUCGCUGACCGCGAAAGGGAGAUGGGGCUGCUUCGAGAGGAGGACGACAGUGCUAAGAUUUGGGUUAUUACCUGGUCGCCGGAUGGUUGCCACCGACUAUGA